AUGGAGCUCGCGGGGACGUCGGGUGCUGGCGUGGUGCGGCUGGAGAGUGUGCGUUACCUGCUGUUGGGAGCGGGUGUCGAAGCGACGCUGGGCGGCUGCGGUAUGAGUGUGGACCCAGCGUGGUCGGCCGACGGGGGGGAGGGGGCCAGUGCUGUUGGAGGCGUGACAUGGCGCUGCUUUACCUGCGACAAGACGUUCGCCACCGUGCGGCGGUUCGAAGCGCACUUGAAUCUCCACCGCAUUCGGUGCCGCCGCCGCUGCCACGUCUGUCAGAAGGAGCUGUGUGGCACGACGCAGGACUUCCGGCGCCACCUCAAGACGCACGCGGCCACCGAGGCGUUCGCCUGCGACCUGUGCGGCAAAACGUUCAAGCUUGCCCGCUACCUGAGUAGCCACAACGCCACCGUGCACUCGGCGGCGUAUCCGUUCAGCUGUUCGGUGUGCGCUCGCAGUUUUAAACGUAAGGGGCAGCUGCGUGCGCACAGCAUGAUCCAUACGGGGGAGAGGCCGUACGUGUGUCAGAUACCUGAGUGUGGCAAGGCUUUCGUGCGCAAGAGCUCACUGGAGGCACACAGCCUGAUCCACACGGGCCAGAAGCCGUUCGCAUGCGACUGGGCCGGAUCGCUGCGCGUCACGACUGACACCGACGGACCAGCGCUGCUCGUGAAGUGUGACACCGACGACACGCCGCCGCUCAUGGUCGAUGAGACCGUCUGGUGA